AGAUUAGACAGACAGACGAUUGGACCAGACAAGACAAGACAAUAAUGGAGGUGUGGAUAAACCUCUCAUACACUGACUGGCAAGAAGGACGGCAAGCGCCUCGCGUGACGUCACUUCCGUUUGGAGCAAGCAAGGAGGAUUUUGCAUCAGGCAAAGAAGGGGAUUGAAGGGUUUAAAAGAAAAAAGGGGAGAUUAUUCCUGCUCGACGCGUAUUAAAAACUAGAGAACAUCGGUUUAUAUGGAAAUAUCAGCACAGCGGGUCCGAGUGGAGAUUAAUCCAUGAUGAAUCUGGAACCGGGAUCCAGGUCCAGCAUGACGGACAGCAUCAUGAGCAAAGCCGCCACGAUGGAAAUCCCCAUCAACAGCAACGGAGACACCAGGACGUCUGAAGACGACAGUCUCGAACAGAUUCACUGGAGCUUAGAGAGGAAGGACCUGCAGCAGGUGAUGGUGUCUGGGCCGAACCUGAACGAGACGAGUAUCGUGUCGGGGGGAUACGGAGGCUCAACCGAGGGCAUCAUCCCCACCGGCUCCAUCAAAGGCCCAGCUAUACUUUACAAUGAGGAGUAUUUUGAACGGAGAUGCGGAAACGCCCCCAAGCCAGAACUUCGCUCCAAAUCUAGGGACUUUCCACCUAGUCAUUCAGCUGCCGCUCGGAUAUCAUGCCAACCGGAUCAUUACCCAGCUCCCAGCAUGCACCACAGUCACAGUAAUCCAAGCAUGAUGUCGGAGGAGGCCACGCGCGGGAUCGCAGUGGAGAAAUUUGACAGUGUGAAGAAAUGGAGCAUCAAUACUUAUAAGUGCACGAAGCAGAUGUUCUCGGAGCGGUUUGGUCGUGGCUCGCGGACCGUGGACCUGGAGCUCGAGGCUCAGAUCGACGUGCUGCGUGAAACCAAGCAGAAAUACGAACACAUCCUGAGACUGGCGCAGGCGCUCACCACUCACUUCUACAACGUAGUGCAGACGCAGCAGGCGCUGGGAGACACGUUCGCGGACCUGAGCCAGAAAUCUCCAGAACUGCAGGACGAGUUCGGCUACAACGCAGAGACACAAAAGCUGCUGUGUAAGAACGGAGAGACGCUACUGGGCGCAAUUAACUUCUUUGUGUCGAGCAUCAACACACUGGUCAAUAAAACCAUGGAGGACACACUUAUGACCAUCAAGAUGUAUGAGAACGCAAGGUUGGAGUACGAUGCCUAUAGGACAGACCUGGAGGAGCUGAGUGCUGGCCCGCGCGAUGCCGCUGCUAUGAUGCGGAUCGAAUUCGCCCAGCAGGAGUACCAGAUCCACAGAGACAAGUACGAGAGGCUACGGAGUGACGUCACCAUCAAGCUCAAAUUCCUGGAGGAAAAUAAGGUAAAGGUGAUGCACAAGCAGCUCCUCCUCUUCCACAACGCCAUCUCGGCCUACUUCGCUGGCAACCAGCAGCAGCUUGAACAGACUCUCAGGCAAUUCAACGUGAAGCUGAAGCGGCCCGGCUCGGACAGACCGUCAUGGCUGGAGGAACAGUAAUAAACCCUAAGACACGGUUAAUCUCAGCCUCUAGAGACUCGGACAGGCUGGAGGAUGGAGUGAUGUACAGAUGUGCUGGCAGAUGUCGUGCGUCUGAACGGAUGAGGGGGAUUUAAUGUUAUCGUGUUUAUUUAAAGGGAGAUUUUUUUAUUAUGACGAAUGAGAAAGGAGAGAUGCCUCCCAUGCCAUUUGUCUUUGUAUUGAAUUUAUUUUGUCAUGCCAAGUCAAGUGGAACAUAUGUGCAUUUUUGGUUAUAUAUAUGACAGACCUUCGAGGGCGGUGAUUCGAAUUACUUUUAUUGUAGCGUGGGCCGUAUUCCGCAUUGUAUCCACAGAAGUGAGAAUUUACUACCGAUAUUGUGCACAUCUGUAUUCAGACACCAGAUGUAACUGCAGACCUCAGCGCUAUUCAGAUGUUCUGCACGAUAAUGGGUAAAAGCUGUCUUGACAGUUUGAUGUAACUAAAAGUUGUCACGCUGAAAUACGUUUUGGGCUUUAAUUACGCUCAAAAAAACUCAAAGCUUGAGUUUUAACUGCAUAAAUAUAACACUAUUAAUUAAUUAAGCGAAAAUUAAAUAAUUAAGAAAAGAAAUAAAAUAUAAACAACACGAUGUGCUGGAUCAAGUGCUGUUUUAUAAGUUGCUGAACAAUAAACCAAAUUUGCAGUGAUUCAUGUGAUUACCCCAGCAUGUUAGGGUCAGAGCGCAGGGUCAGCCAUGAUACAGCGCCCCCUGGAGCAGAGAGGGUUAAGGACGUUGCUCAAGGGCCCAACAGUGGCAGCCUGGCAGUGCUGGGGCUUGAACCCCCGACCUUCCGAUCAGUAACCCAGAGCCUUAACCGCCAAAUCUGAACGGAGAGCCCAGAAAAUCAACUUAAUCGUUACCUGUGUAUACAAAGCCUGAAUACAUGCAAAUUCCCCUCCAUAAAUAUCGAUGUAACUUUUGGACUUCGUCAGACACAACUCUGAAUACGGCCCAGUGACGGGUAAUCGCGUGCGUGUGCACAGGAAGUAUUCUCUGGCACGGUGCAUUGGAAUUGAGGCAUGCUGUGGAUAACUGUUUACAGUACAUGUUCUAAAAAAAAAAAAAAAAAGGUUCAUUAAUGUAUAUUCUUGUGUAAAUUACAGUGUAAAGUCCCACAUAUCAAAUUAAAAACAGUUUGAAAGCACGGCCUCGUCUCUUAAGUUUCCUGACCGUUCGUCGUUUCGUUUCGUGUGCAAAAAGUUUGCAUCCCCCAUGGUUUUUGCAUGGGAAAGAGGGAGAAUAUACCACUGUCUUAGAGUUUACGUAUGAAUUCCAACCGAGUUCCAAGCGAUAAUUGUGAAAUGCGAGUGUAUCCUGCAUCGAGACACCAAUCCAAAACAAACAGCAAAGUCAACUGAAAAUGGCACUCAUUAAGAUACUUCGGCAUACAUGUUGUCCAUAUGUUAUAUACAUACGUUUUCGCUCAACUGUAAAUCCUCCAGCUUAAAUGAUAUGAGUGAUUCUAAAAGGUACAAAUUCGCUUGUC